UUUUGACAGUUCAAUUUAGUACAGUCAGUUGGGGAGUGAAAUAGUUCUUAUAAAAAUUUAAAAAAACCACAAUGACUACAUACUUCCAGUACCCCACCCCCGAAGUCCAGGAGGAGCUCAAGAAGAUCGCUCAAGCGAUCGUAUUACCUGGAAAGGGUAUUCUGGCAGCUGACGAGUCUACCGGUACUAUGGGCAAGCGUCUGCAAGACAUUGGCGUUGAGAACACUGAAGAAAACCGCCGCAAGUACCGCCAGCUCCUCUUCAGCUCAGACCCAGCUCUCUCCGAGAACAUUUCUGGUGUGAUCCUCUUCCACGAGACCCUCUACCAGAAGGCCGAUGACGGUACCCCUCUCGUAUCUUUGUUGGAGAAGCGUGGAAUCAUUCCCGGUAUCAAGGUCGACAAGGGUGUCGUACCUCUAUUCGGCUCUGAGGACGAAUGCACUACCCAGGGUUUGGAUGACUUAGCCCAGCGUUGUGCUCAAUACAAGAAGGAUGGCUGCCACUUCGCCAAGUGGCGUUGUGUGCUCAAGAUCGGUCGUAACACUCCCUCCUACCAGGCCAUCUUGGAGAAUGCUAACGUUCUAGCUCGCUAUGCUUCAAUCUGCCAGAGCCAGCGUAUCGUCCCCAUUGUCGAACCCGAAGUACUUCCUGAUGGUGAACAUGACUUGGACCGCGCCCAGAAGGUCACCGAAACCGUAUUGGCCGCCGUAUACAAGGCUCUCAACGACCACCACGUCUUCCUUGAGGGUACUCUCCUCAAGCCUAACAUGGUAACCGCUGGCCAGCAAUGCAAGAAGUCCUACACUCCAACGGACAUCGGCCGCGCCACCGUCACCGCACUCCUUAGGACCGUACCCGCUGCUGUUCCCGGAGUAACAUUCCUUUCUGGUGGACAAUCCGAGGAAGAGGCUUCUGUGAACUUGAACGCCAUCAACACCGUCGACCUGAAGAGGCCGUGGGCACUCACCUUCAGCUACGGUCGCGCCCUACAGGCCUCCGUACUCCGCGCUUGGGGAGGCAAACAAGAGAAUGUUCUUGCUGGACAACAGGAACUUUUGAAGCGUGCUAAGGCCAAUGGUAAUGCGUCCCAGGGUAAAUACGUCGCUGGAUCCGUAACAGGUGUGGGCGCUGACGCCGGUCUUUUCGUUGCUAACCACGCAUACUAAACACGUAUUAUACCAACACAAUACAAGUGACAUUACAAGUGGAUUCAAUAAUAAUUCCACUUACCCACAAUAGAAAUAAACAUGAACUUUCAACUCAUACAUAAAAACAGGAAUUAUAAUAGUUAAAAAAGUUACCAGCUAUAAAAAAAAAAAAAACAUACAAAUAAACAUAUGGUUAUCUAUGCAAACAUUUGACAGUGAUAGACAAAAAUGCCCGCCAUUUAAAAUCAGAAACUGCUGUUUGGCGCGGAAAUUAAAUAAAAAUUGCGCCGAAGUUCAUGUAUUGGUGUUUUUAAUAUUAGUUUUUAGUAAUAUAACGCUAGACGUCAAAUAUUAUUGCCAAUUGGCAUUCAUUGCUUAGAAUUUAAUGAUGAAUUAUAUUUAUUUUUAAAUUGGAGAUUAAUAGAUAAAAGAAAUUAGGUAGUUAUGAGUAUUAUCGUAAUUUAGUAUUGUCACUAGUAAAUUAUAAUUAGACAUAUAGAUGCUUAAUGUGUCGUUGAAACAAACUUUUAUUGAAAAUAAUAAAUCAUACAAUAAAUAAUAUUUUUUUAAUAAUCAAUGUGACAGUUUUAUGACUAUUUAUGUAAAAUAUUAUUUAAUAAUAUUUCUACUUUAGUUUUGUAAUGUAUUUUGAUAUUUUAAGAGUAAAAUAUAAUAAAAUAGUCGUGUUACUCACUUUAC